AUGGUCGGGAUUGUAAACUUUUUGUCGAGUAGUGGCUCGCCGUUGCUGAUUAAUGUUUAUCCAUACUUCGCAUACGCCUCCGAUUCGGCAACAGCGAGAUUGGAUUACGCUCAAUUCACUGCGACUGGCCCAGUGGUUCUGGAUGGCUCCUUGAGCUACUCGAACUUGCUCGACGCGGUUGUGGACACCUUUUAUUGGGCGAUUGAGAAGGAAGGCGUGACCGGUGUGCAUUUGUUAAUUUCCAAGAGCGGCUGGCCUUCGGCUGGAAAUGGGAAUCUCACCACGCCAGGGCUUGCGCAAACUUAUAACCAGAACCUUGUGAAGAGGUUUCAGGCCAAUACCGGGACGCCUAAGCAUCUGGACCGUAGCUUGGGAGGCUUCAUCUUCACCAUGUUCAAUGAGAAUCAUAAACCUGCUGGCACCGAGCAAAAUUUCAGACUAUUCAAUCCCGACGGAACACCCGUUUACGAUAUUGAAGGAAAUAAGACGAGGAUUGGUUCUCUUGAUAGCUUUGAUUUUCCACUUGCUGUUAUGGAAGCCAUUUUAGAUGAGGGCGUAGCUGACACUCCUGAUGGCAGGCUGGAGGAUCCAUUGUCUCUGGAGGUUGAUCAGUCACAAGUGGGAUCCACGAACGAGUCCGACUAG